AUGGCCAAUCCUCGACAACGAAGAAAAGCACGAUCGUCAUCGUACAAGCCCGUAUCUCACUCCAAGAAUGCGAAAAGGAAUUUGAAGAAAAUGCCUCCUAUCCGAGGGCCAAAAGCGUUACAAGAAGCUUGGGACAAGAAGAAGACAGUGAGGCAGAAUUAUGCUCGGCUGGGAUUGGUCUCCGACCUCAAUCCUAUCUCCUCUGGAGGUUCUGAGAAAAGAAUCGAGCCUAAAUACGAGGAUGGAGAUGCUCAAAUGUCCUCUGAGACUGCUGGUCCCUCUAUCACCAGCGACGCUCAGACAGGUGAAAGCUCGAAGCCUUUACCCAAAGGCUUUGGGCGCAUUAUCCGGGACGAAUCAGGAAAUGUGAUUGGGGUUGAAUUGCCACAGGAAGACGAAUCGAAAGAAGCUGAGCAGGAGGAUCAGGAGAUGGAAGCUUUGUCUGAGCCAGAGGUUGACGGCGAAAUGCGAGAUUUGUGGGCAACAAAUAUCGGGAAAACGAAGGUGGACGUCAAGGACAAAGUAGUUGGAUUGGUCGAUGAACUCGAAAGCAUUGCCAUGAAGAAAAAUCUCAACUCCACAACGCUGUCGGUGGCACAUUCGAGUACCGGACCAAACCUGCGACAUGCAGCACCCGGGGAGAUUGCGUACAUGCGGCGGCUCUUUGAGAAGUACGGGGACGAUGUGGAACGUAUGGCGAGGGAUCGUAAACUGAACCCAGAUCAGAGGACAGCGGGACAGCUACGAAGGGCGCUUGCUCAGACUAAACCGUACAUAUAG